GUGUUGUUUCAGGAUAAACACAGAGGGGAAGUUUGAGGUGAGGUGGAGCACAGCUUUUCAGGGACAGGUCAGACUGGUUUCUCUCGCCACAAUACUCGUGUCUCCCUUCUCGCGUUCAUUUAUACUGGAGGAGGGAGGAAGAAGUGAACCAAAUACUGGGAAAGAGUAUAAGGCUCCUAGGAACAUUUCAAGACUUGGACCUUAGAGAAAUUAAAACAUGCCUGAAGAUGAGGAAUAUUUUGGAAAACAUGGGGAGCCGAGGAAGUAUGACCCAACCUUCAAGGGCCCAAUCCAGAACAGGGGCUGCACAGACAUUGUUUGCUGCAUCCUCUUUAUUAUUGCAAUUCUGGGUUAUAUCGCCGUUGGCAUACUCGCCUGGUCCCAGGGUGACCCCAGAAAGGUGAUCUAUCCCACAGACAGCCAAGGCCAGUUCUGCGGGCAGGCUGGCACCCCACUAGAGAACAAGCGACUGCUGUUCUACUUUAACAUCAUGAAGUGUGCCAGCCCUAUGGUGCUGCUGGAGUUCCAGUGUCCAACCACUCAGAUGUGUGUGGAGAAGUGCCCGGAUAAGUUCAUGACAUUAGUCAAAGCUCAUUUAAACAAGAAAGACUUUGACUAUUACAAGCAAUUCUGCAAGGAAGGUGUAACAAAUUCAAUGGGUAUUCCAGAUAUCCUUAGAUUAAGUCUCUGUCCUGCCAUGCUGACCCCCAGCAAGCCAUUCACCCGUAGGUGUUUCCCAGCACUGGGACAGAAAGGAGGCGUGAUAACUGUGGGGAACAACUCUCACUUUGAUGAUGGAAGUGGAAACAUUCGAGAUGCAAAGGAUCUUGUGGAUGGAGUAAAGAAUGCCACUGUGGUCAUUGAAGCUCGUCAGGUGGUCAUGAAGAUCUUUGAGGAUUACACACAGUCCUGGUACUGGAUCCUGUUAGGGCUGGUUAUUGCCAUGCUCACCAGCCUGCUUUUCAUCGUCCUCCUGCGCUUCUUAGCAGGGAUCAUGGUCUGGAUCAUGGUUGUCUUAGUGAUACUGGUCAUAGGAUAUGGCAUCUUCCACUGUUACAUGGAGUAUGCUGCCCUAAAAGGCGAGCCAGGUGCUGACGUGACUCUACAAGAGUUGGGCUUCCAGACAGACUUCACAGUCUACCUUCAGAUCAGACAGACCUGGCUUGCAUUCAUGAUUAUUCUGGCCAUUUUGGAGGUCAUUAUCAUCUUGCUGCUCAUCUUCCUGAGAAAGAGGAUCCUCAUUGCCAUUGCUCUCAUCAAAGAAGCCAGCAGAGCCAUCGGGCAUGUCAUGUCCUCCCUUUUCUACCCGUUGUUCACUUUUCUCCUGCUGGCCAUGGUCAUCGCCUACUGGGCUGUAACAGCUGUUUUCUUGUCUACCUCAAAUGAACCAGUCUACAAAGUUUUCAAUGAGUCAGCAUGCGAACACUCACGAAAAACCUGUGACCCUGCAAACUUCUCGACCAGUCCAAUGAAAUAUCAGUGCCCUGACUCUGAGUGCCUUUUUGCCUUCUAUGGUGGAGAAACUGUUUACCACAAGUACCUGAUUGGCCUGCAGUUCUACAAUGUCUUCCUCUUCUUCUGGUGUGCCAACUUUGUCACGGCUCUGGGACAGAUGACCCUGGCUGGGGCCUUUGCCUCGUAUUACUGGGCCUUUGUAAAGCCUGAUGACAUGCCUGCCUUUCCUAUCUUUUCUGCCUUAGGGAGAUCUCUCAGGUAUCAUACAGGGUCUCUGGCAUUUGGCUCUCUUAUCCUCUCAAUCAUUCAGAUCAUCAGGGUUUUGCUGGAGUAUUUGGACCACAGACUGAAAGGAGCCAAAAAUAAGUGUACCAGGUUCCUGUUGUGCUGUCUGAAGUGCUGCUUCUGGUGUUUGGAGAAAUUUAUCAAGUUCCUGAACAGAAAUGCCUACAUUAUGGUGGCAAUUUAUGGCAAAAACUUUUGCACCUCUGCCAGAGAUGCCUUCUUCCUGCUCAUGAGGAAUAUGAUCAGGGUUGCUGUCUUGGACAAAGUGACAGAUUUCCUCUUAUUUUUGGGCAAAUUGCUCAUAGUCGGGCUUGUGGGGGUCUUUGCCUUCUUCUUCUUCUCUGGUAGAGUGAAAGCCUUUGAGGAUACAGCUCCUCAUCUCCAUUACUACUGGGUGCCCAUCCUGACCGUGGUGAUUGGAUCCUAUCUUAUUGCCCAUGGGUUCUUCAGUGUGUACGCCAUGUGUGUGGAUACUCUCUUCCUCUGUUUCUGUGAAGACCUGGAGCGCAAUGAUGGUUCAGCCGCAAGGCCUUAUUUCAUGUCCUCCACUCUCCAUGAAAUUCUGUGGAAGAAGGAGGCUGAUGAUCCAUCUUCUGCUCAGCAACAGGAUGACCAGGACACUGAGCCGAAACCGCAGCUGGCUCAGGAAGAGGAUGCAGCUUAGAGUUGAGGACUCUUUGGGAAAAUACUUUUUCCAGUCUUACUACUUAAAUGAUUUAUAGAUUCGCGCAUCCUAAGUUAAGACAUUUCAGGGCUGAUGCUCUAUUGUUACCUGUUUGAAAAUUAUUUUUUGAAUCAAACCCUUUAAUUUUACAGAGGCAGUCCACAGAACAGGUCUUAAAAAGUAUGCCUUAAAAACAAACAAAACAGGAUUCAUUGAUUCUAUACUUAUAUCUGAGUGAUGCAAAUUUCUUGCAGUCUUACUGGUCUUUGGAUACAGUGAAACAAUUUAGAUUUGGUCAAAUGCGAAAUCUUUAACUCCGUUUAGACAACACAUCAACAAGGACAUUUAGAUUCCAAGUGGUAGUCCUUAUUGCUGUGUGUUGGAAACAUUUCAGAUUGUCUUGAACACUGUUUGGUAUCCGAUAGCUCAGACUGCAUUUGAAGGACUGAAAUGCCUUCAUAUUGACUGGAUUGGUUGUGUAGGCGGAAGACAUACUAGCACGAAUCAAAGAUUUCCCCUUCAACUGAUCUGAAAAAAGCAUAGCUUUAUUUAUUUCCAUCUAGCCUGGUGGAGAUCCAGCCCCUUUGUCUCAGCUUUGGAUAAGAACUGGUCUUUUAGCUCCUAAACAACUCUUCAUCUGAUACCACUUUUGCCUUUUUUUAUGUUUUUGAAACAACAAAAUUGUAAAAAGGAGACCACCUCUCAAACGAGAGCCAGUUAUCCUCUGAAAGGAGGCAGCUUUUAGAAUUGACUCGUCUGUAAAUGACAUAUGACUCCCAUAACUUGUUUUGUUGAAUUCAGUGGUCAUUUCAGUUCACCCCCAAUAUUUAUUUGCUGAAUAGUAUACCACUGUGACCUUUAGAAGCAUGUGUAUGGCAAAAUGAGGGAGAAAAGCUGUUGCCCCAUGAGCCACUUAGGAUAUGGCUAAUUAGAUAGAUAAUUGAACCCCAAGGAAAUUUACCCCUAUUCGUUGGUAUUGCCAGCUGCUUCCCUGCACACAGCAUGUAGGAAUACCAAUCCAUGGAAAUGAUAUAUGGGCUGCUGUACAAUUAAGUUCCAAUUUGUGUUUAAAAGAAUGCACAGGAAUAUUUGUAUGCUAAUUAGAUGUCUUUUACUUCAGACUUGUUUUAAUUCAACAUCAUUGUGCUUGAAAUGUAUUUAGUUAUUUCAUGGUACUCAAAAUGCUUGAAAACUGUGCCACUAAAUGUCUUGAAAUUUUUGGGAAAUUGCUUCCUUUGGGGUUUGAGAAAAAUUCCAAGAAUGUGUUUAGCUUAAAUGGUUCCUUACACUGCCACUUACUAAUAGAUACUUGAAGCCGUUAAUGUGCCUCUAACAGUGAUAAUGUUGGUAUUUUUGCACAUAUAACUUAGAGUUUUAAGUGUGCAUACAUGUAGUAGUUGACAGUUGAUGCAGGUGGACCUUCAGUGUUCAUUCUUCAGUAUGCCACCUUAUUGAUGCACUUUAGUUAUGUUAUGUUUUGAUUUUGUUUUAAAUUUUUAUUUUUAUUUUUUACAAUUUUUGCUUCUUUACAAGUGUUUGUUCAUGGCAGUGUAAAACAGUAUUUGAUGAAAUUACCCUCCACUGCAUAAAACUCUAAAAGUUGAUGCACUUUUCUAAGUUAUGUACAUUUUUGGAAUUAAACACUUUUUUGCUGAA